AUGACUGCUCUCAAUGUCAAUACUUAGCCACCAAAUAUUGAAGACACUUAUACAUUAAGAUUGAAUUCUAAUUCUCCUAAUUACUAAGUGUGCUAUGACAACCCCCUGUAUAAUUUAGAAGCUAGCAAGUAUGGAGUAUAUGACGUCUGGUUCUACAUAUAAUACUGGGAUUAAUGGAAAAUGUUUGAUAGAGGAAUUUUAAUGAAAUUCAUGUAUAAUAGUAGUUACCCAGCUUCAAACUCUACCUGGAUUAUUGGAAGAGAUCGUGGAUAUUAUACAAGAAAAAUGAGUCAAAAUUAUCCUCACCCUUUAAAAGUUUGCAUGUGGUAAAUGCCGGCUGACAAUUCUUCAAUGUAUAUUAGGCAGAAUGAGAUAAAGUUCUUUGCCUAUUAAAACACAGAGUUCUAUUACUUUUAUCACUUCAUCUAUCGAUUCUACGCCUAAUCUUAUAAAUUAUACACAGGUGUGAAACCUACUUACAUAGUAGAUUAUUAUAGACCCAAACCAUAGAGUAGUUCCCUUAGUGGUUGGACAGCCUCAAUAAAUACUAAUUUAAAAGCAACCUUCACAGAUCAGAGUAGAGUUAGUUGGUCUGAUACAGAUACUUUGGGUGAGAAUAUUAAUUAUUGCAUGCCAGGUUAUCAUAAAAAUAUGAGUUAUUGGAAUUGUACAUAAUGCGAUUCACCUUGCUUUGAAUGCAGUAUUUGGAAUAGUUCAUUUUGCUAUUCGUGUAUUAAAAACUACUACCCCUCAGAAUAUUAUUGCUACAAAGCAGACUGUCCAAAAGGUUAAUUUUUCAAUGAUACUCGUAAAAUAUGUUAAACUUGCCCAGCACCAUGUUCAUCUUGCAAUGAUGAGGGAUAAUGUUUAUAUUGCCAAGCUGGUUACAACUAUAUAAAUAACGGUAGUAGAUUAUGUCUAAGCAAUGUAGAUGGAUGCCCUAAAAAUACAACUUUAGAUUCCGAUGGAUAUCGGAUAUGCUAGUAGUGUCCUCAGGGUUGCAGAACCUGUAAUUCAUCUAAUUAUUGCUAUUCUUGUCUUACUGAUUAUUAUUUGAAAAAUGGAACUUGCUUGCUUAAUUAAUGCUCAAUGGGCAAAUAUCAAAAUUCAGUUUCAAAGUAAUGCUAAAAUUGUUCUACUAAUUGCAGCAGUUGUAGCAGCAAUUAGUGCUUGAAAUGUUAUAAUGGAUCAUAUCUUGAUACCACUUCAGGUACAUGCAAGCUAAGUUGUCCAAUAGGUACAUAUCAGAAUUAAACUUCUGGCACUUGCUAGAAAUGCUAGUCGAAUUGUUACUAUCAAAAUUCAAAUAAUAGAAAAUGUGAUAAGUGCAAGAAUAGUUGCUUAUUAUGCGUAACCAGCGAAACUGAUUGUGUUUCAUGCAAACCUGGAAGCUUAUACUCUAAUAGGUAGUGUUAAGACUCUUGUAAAGACUAAGAGUAUGCAUCUCAAGCUGGAUUUUGCUACCCUUGUGAUCCAGCUUGCAAGGUUUGCAAUGGCUCUUUAGAUUCUUUAUGCUAAAAAUGUAAUCCAGGCUAUUAUUUAUAGGGUUCAACAUGCUAUAAGAAAUGUCCGACCUCUUAUUAUCCAAAUUUAUUAGCUUAAACUUGCGAAAGUUGUAAGUACUAUUGCGAUGAUUGUAAUCAGGAUAAUGACUGCAACAUUUGCAAGUCUGGCUAUGGAUUCAUAAAAACUCUCAAUUGCACUGGUGAAUACUUUUAUAAAUCAGGUCUCAAUAGAUCUUUAUCUCUUCCAUUUAAUACUUAAACUAUUCCAUCUGACUUUGAUCCUGAAGAAUUAACUACAGAAUUAUGGUUUAAGGCUCAAGAUUUAAUGAGUAUAGCAAUAUAAGUAUUGCUUGGGCUAAAUCCAUAUAAGAUUAGAAAAAUAAGUAAUGAUCCCAUAAUGUAGCUGCAGUACUAGAACACUUUGUAAUAUUGCAAUUCAGAACCUAUCUUGAAAAAUAAUGUUUGGUAUCAUAUUGCCUUCACAUUUAGUCAGAAGACCUUAACCUUGGCCUGCUAUUAGGAUGGAAAUUCUGUCCCAGUUGGAUUGAGCCCAACAAUAGUGGUUGUCUAAAAUUUAAUUAAACCGGAAGAAAUGACUCUUGGAGGGUCUAAGGACCUAAAAUCAUAGGAAACGAAUUUUGAUGGGUAUAUAAAAGAAUUCAGAUUGUGGAAAAUAGCAAGAACUUCUUUCUAAAUAAAAAAUUUCAGAACUGUUUCUUUUACAAUUGCUCCUCCAGAUAUGAUAGCAUAUUGGAGGCUAGAUGAUAAAAAUGACGGUUCAACCUAAGUUUUUUCUGAAGCCACGUCAAAUUAAGUUAUAACUUACGAUCCACAACCAAUUUUAAAAAUUCAAGAUUUAGUAGAGUUCAGAGAAAUAUAUCUGAAGCUAUGUUAAGAGGGUACUUAUUCUUACUUCAAUGAAACCUUAGGAUACUAUAUAUGUUUACCUUGUGAUAAUAUGUGUAAAAAUUGCAUUGGUAAAACAUCUUCUCAUUGUAUUGAAUGCAACUUACCUUAUAAACUUAUCAAGGAGGAAUUUAUUUGUAAAAUAGUUGAGUAUUGUCUUGAAGGGGAGUUUAUGGACAAAAUAACAGGAUUAUGCUUUAAGUGCAAUUCCAAUUGUAAGACUUGCUUUAAUGAUUCAAAUAAUUGUUAAGCAUGCAAGCAAGGUGCUUUUAGAGAGUAUUAAGGAACAAGCUGUGUUGAUACUUGUCCAGUAGGAAUGUAUGGAAAUGUAAAAUCAUAGCAAUGCUACUUUAAUCCAAGAAUUGAUUACAUUAUCCCAGCGUCAGAAUCAAUUAUACUAUUUGGUUCGUUUAUUGAUGUUAAAGGUAAUUUUACAAUGCUCAAUAAAGAAGAUAAAGAAUCUUAUACAUAUGGUUGGAAAGUAAUCAGACUUUCUGAUAAUUUGGACAUCACUGUAGAUGCUGUCAAGCCAUAUUAUGAAACUGACAUUAGAAAAAUGCACAUGGACAACAAUAUAAUCUAAGCAUAUAAUUACUACUCACUUACCUUAUUUGUCAAAGGUUUGCCAGAGUUCUACAAUGGUCUAUACGCAGAAAUGGUGAAUACAUUUUAUGUUGGAUCUGCACCAAAAAAUGGAAAAUGCUAAGUGUUCCCUUUUUAAGGAAUUGCAACUGUGACCAAUUUUAAAAUUCAAUAAUCAGGAUGGGUCGAUGAAGAAAUUAUCACUAGAUAUGAUUUCCUUUACUCUCUUGAUGGUGGUACUGAAUAUUUUCCUAUAUAAACAGAUAAUAGACUCUCGCAAGAGAUAUCUUAUUAAUUCUAAUCUAUCUACGAUAAGUUUAUUGAAGUAAGAGUAAUGUGCAAGGCAACAAACUUGAAAGGCUUUUCAAGUAAAAUUACAACACUAAUUGUCCUAGAAAAAAAAUCUAAUGCUGAUGCUUCUAAAGAUCUUAGUAACAUAAAUACAUUAUUACAAGAAAAUGAAGAGGAUAUACUCUAAAUGAUAAUACAGUUAAAACUUAUUACAAAAUAGCUUGGUAAUACCAAAACUUAAGAUCCUCAGGCCUUUGAUCCAAGACUAUCUUCUAAAGAUUGCAAUAACAAAUUAUGCAACAACAAUGGAAACUGUGUAUAUCUAAAUUACUAAAAGAAGUAUUAUUGUAAUUGCACGGAACCAUUCGCUGGUUUGAAUUGCACUUAUUCGAAUAAAACCUAGCUAAUCUAGAUAAAAAGCUUUAUCUCUUAACUGAGCGUAAAAUACUUAUCACUUUCAGAUAAGCAAUACGAAGAUAUUUUUUUAAGUCUAGUUUCAGACUAUCUAGAAACUAUGAAUGAUGUAACUUUUGGUAUAAUAAUUUAGAUAAUUGGAAAUCAAUUUAGCUAAAAUGGCUAAUAUCCUCUGACUAAUAAAUAAGUCACCUAUUACAUGAACUUAAUUUCUAAUCUGAUAGAGUAUGUAGAAAAUUAAGUAGUUUAAUUAAAUGCAACGAGAACAUUACUUAAUGAUGAAAUAAAGAUUCAAAACUUAUAAGAUAAUUACUAAUCAGCUCUAGACUUAUUUGAGUACUUGAGAUCUAAUUCCCUUAAUCAGAUUGAUAUGCUAGAUCCAUCAAAACAAUUCCAAUCAAGAAUGAUAAGUUACAAGUAAAUACUAAUAAGCCAGGAUUCUUUGCAGUAAUUGUCUGCAACCUAGGAUCUAAAAAAAAGUUUGACAACUUUUAUCAAGAUAUCAGAAAUAAACUUCAAAAAUUAAGGCUUGCCUCUAGAAUAAGACUUUAUCUUUGAAGCAAUAGAAUUUGCUGUAAACCCCUAUCAAGUGGUUAACUUUGAAAAUAUAUCUAAUAAUGUGUUCGAGGUCAGUUUUUAUAAUGCAUCAGACAAAGCUAAAGCAGAAAUCAAGAAUCUCUCAAAUGGAUUUGAUUUCUAUUUCCCUCAUUAGGAUAACUAAAACCUCUCAGAAUUUAUUACUUACUAUAAUUCAUUAAGUCCUUAUAAAGCUAAAUAGAAAGCUUUAAGAUCCUAACUCUUAUAAAGCAGCAAGCUUGAUUGCCAAUAUUGGAAUAGCCAUCAAUGGAGCAAUUAAGGUUGUCAUUUGUAAGGUGUGGAUAAGACACAUAUAAAAUGCAAUUGUAACCACCUAUCUAGCUUCUCAACUACAUUUAUGACCCCAAAAUAAAGCAGUGCUUCUGCUGAAACAUAUACCAAUAAGUAUUUAAAAUCAAAUUUAGAUGAUGAUGGUAAAAUUAAAAUAGAAGAUCUAAUAGUGCCUUUUGACAAAUAUUUUAAAAACUUAGAGGAACUGUUGCAGCAUAAAACUCCAAGUCUUAUAGAAUUCAUUUUUAAACCUGGAAUUUAUAUUGUGCUCCUAUUUUGGCUUAUGUACAUUUCCUCCCUAUUUUACUAUACUGGCAAAGACAAAAUAAAAAGAGAAAAGAUGACGAAGUCUUAGAUCAGAGAUGAUCUUGCAGAGAUUAAAGACGAUAAAAUAUAAAAUCUGGAUGAAUUAGUAAAAGAGUUAUUAGCAAGAGAUCUGAAUAAAAAUUAAGGAAUUUAGCCUUAAGAAAUUUCAUCCUAAUAAACAAGACAGAACAGCGGUGAAGAUAGAAUAAAGUUAAAACUGAAUAGGUUAGAUUACAUUAAUCAACCAAAAUAAGUUUUGUUAACUUCCUAGAACUUUACUUUGGACAAUCUCAACAUUCCAACAUAAAUUAUUGGCAUGGGAGGAAAUUCCCCGAAACUAAUUAUCAAAAAUUUUGAAUAGCUUGAUGAAUACUAACAAAAAUUGAUAAAAAGAAGAGCCAGGAAAAGAGUAUUUGGUAGAGUUGGAGAUGUUAAUGAAAGAGCAAAAAGAUUAUACAAGUAAAUAUUCAAGAGAAAAUAGUUUACACCUGAAAAUAAAAUGAAAUUCUUCCAUGAAGCUUUGAAAAAUAAUCUCUGGUUUAGCUUAAUGGCAAAAACAAGCAAAAUUGCUCCAAGACAUACUAGAUUAACUUUGUUGUACCUUUAUAUUUCGAUGCAUCUUAGUAUCACCUCAGUAGUAUACAUUUUCGGAUAUUAACAGCUAAUUGCAGAUUUAAUUGGCGAUUCUACUUUCUCAACUCUAGCUAUUGCAAUUUUACCUCUUAUAGCGGCUUGGAUCAUUUGUUUGCCAGUAGCUCUGGUAUUCAGAAUGCCAAUGACUUUAAGGAGAGAAUUAGAGGGAGUAAGGGCAAAAAAGAUUAAUAAAGUUUUUAAGGAAAUUGACUAGCUAAUGGGCUGUAGAUAUGCUCUUGGCUAUUUUAUUAGUUUUACUUGUUUUGUCAUAAUGACUAUCAUUGUAAUAUUCUUUAACUAUAUUUAUCCGACUGACUACUGUAUGGGAUGGAUGAUGAUUUUAGUAGCUUUAUACUUUCUUGAUAUGAUUAUUUUUACACUAGGAUUUGCAGGAUUUUAGCUUUUGAAUAUUAUAUUGUCCCUAAAAUGUAGAUUUUUCUAUCAUAUUUGGGCAUUAUUUGAAAUAAUUAGAUAUUACAAGAAUUUGCGUGGCUGA